AUGGCGAAGAGAAGGUCGUGGUUCGGUUGGAUGAAACGACUAUUCAUCUGCGAGGCGAAAGCAAAACCAGAGAAGAAGCCAAGGAGAUUAAGAUGGGUGUUUAGAAGGUUGAAGCUAAGACAUCAGAUUACAACUACGGUCCAAGAGACAAGGACUUUGAAUGAAGCAACAGAGGAUCAGAGAAAACAUGCAAUGAACGUAGCUAUUGCCACGGCUGCAGCAGCUGAAGCCGCGGUUGCAGCUGCCAAAGCAGCUGCUGAAGUUGUUCGGAUGGCGGGAAACGCCUUCACAUCUCAACAUUUUGUCAAGAAGCGCGAUUCCAAAAUGGCUGCUAUCAAGAUUCAGAGUGCAUUCAGGGCUUAUUUGGCGAGGAAAGCGUUACGGGCGCUGAAAGCACUCGUAAGGCUUCAAGCAAUUGUGCGCGGCCGAGCUGUUAGACGAAAGGUGUCUUCUUUAUUGAAGUCUUCAUCUUCCAACAAAGCUUCAACAUCAAGCCUCAUCCAAAGAAACACAGAGAGAAAACAUUGGUCCAAGACCAAAGAAGAGAUCAAGGUAUCAAAACAUUCAAAAUGUAACUCGAAGAUCGAAUGCAAUGGUUGGGACAGUAGUGCUCUCACAAAGGAAGAUAUCAAAGAAAUAUGGUUGAGGAAGCAAAAAGGUGUGAUCAAGCGUGACCGUAUGUUGAAAUACUCGCGGUCUCAUCGGGAGAGAAGAAGUCCUCACAUGCUUCUUGAGUCAUUGUACACUAAAGAUAUGGGAAUGAGAAGUGGUAGACUAGAACAUUGGGGUGAAUCCAAGUCUGCAAAAUCCAUAAACUCAAUUCUGUUUCCAAGUGAAAUGCUUGUACCAACAAAAGUAAAGCUUAGAACUUUGCAAAGACAACAAGACUCUGGUGAUGGACAAGAGUCUCCAUUUUCUUUCCCAAGGAGAUCUUUUAGCCGUUUGGAACAGAGUUUAUUGGAGGAUGAGAGCUGGUUUCAAACCUCUAAUGGUUGGAGAGAGUGUGCAAGGGAGAAGAUGAGAUCAUUGAGCACACCGAGGCAACGUGUAGGGCUUAUGGAUUCUUUGUUUGAUAACUACAAGAAAGAUGGCGAUAAAGUCUCUCUUUGGUCUUCAUUUGUUGAUGAAACUAGUUCUAAGAAAUCGUCUCUGACCACAAACACAACAAAUCAACAUUAUUUUAAUCGGAGAAGUAAGACUGCAUUUCGUUCUCCAUUCACCGGAACAAGCAAUUCAGCUUCUCUCUCUUCUAAGAAUCCCUCUACGAGGGAGAUAUGGAGUUGGGUGAAAUCAAAGACAGUUAGCCAUGGAAGAUACAGAAGGAGCCAAGUGAGGGCAGAGAUGUUUGGUCAAUUGACUAGUGGACUUGAGUCUGCUUGGAGCAAACUCAAAGGAGAAGAGGUUUUGACGAAGGAGAAUAUAGCUGAGCCAAUGCGGGAUAUUAGAAGAGCUCUCCUUGAAGCAGAUGUGAGUCUCCCAGUUGUUAGAAGGUUUGUUCAGUCUGUUAGUGACCAAGCCGUUGGAACAGGUGUCAUUCGAGGUGUUAAACCAGAUCAGCAGUUGGUCAAGAUUGUACAUGAUGAGCUAGUGAAAUUGAUGGGUGGAGAAGUAUCUGAGCUACAGUUUUCUAAGUCAGGUCCUACUGUAAUAUUGUUGGCUGGACUCCAAGGAGUGGGGAAGACAACGGUUUGCGCUAAGCUCGCUUUUUACCUAAAGAAGCAGGGAAAAUCUUGCAUGCUUAUUGCUGGAGAUGUGUACCGACCUGCAGCCAUCGAUCAACUUGUCAUUUUAGGUGAACAGGUUAGUGUCCCGGUUUAUACAGCUGGGACUGAUGUAAAACCUGCAGAUAUAGCUAAGCAAGGUCUAAAAGAAGCUAAAAAGAAUAAUAUCGAUGUAGUUAUUAUGGAUACCGCAGGGAGGCUUCAGAUAGAUAAAGGGAUGAUGGAUGAAUUAAAAGACGUGAAGAAAUUUCUGAAUCCCACAGAAGUGUUGCUUGUUGUUGAUGCCAUGACCGGACAAGAAGCUGCAGCAUUGGUGACAACAUUCAACGUAGAGAUAGGAAUCACAGGAGCCAUUUUGACUAAGCUAGACGGUGAUUCAAGAGGUGGUGCUGCUUUGAGUGUGAAGGAGGUCUCUGGAAAACCGAUUAAACUGGUAGGACGUGGAGAGCGAAUGGAGGAUCUUGAACCCUUUUAUCCGGAUCGAAUGGCUGGAAGAAUUCUAGGAAUGGGAGAUGUGCUUUCAUUUGUAGAGAAGGCACAAGAAGUCAUGCGUCAAGAAGAUGCUGAAGAUCUACAGAAGAAGAUAAUGAGUGCAAAGUUCGACUUCAACGAUUUCCUAAAGCAGACUCGUGCUGUUGCGAAAAUGGGUUCGAUGACACGUGUUCUUGGAAUGAUUCCUGGAAUGGGGAAAGUGAGUCCAGCACAAAUCCGAGAAGCGGAAAAGAGUCUUAUAAUCAUGGAAGCAAUGAUCGAAGCAAUGACCCCCGAGGAAAGGGAGAAACCAGAGUUACUAGCAGAAUCUCCAGAGAGAAGAAAAAGAAUCGCUAAAGAUUCAGGAAAGACAGAACAACAGGUGAGCAACCUUGUAGCACAAAUCUUCCAAAUGAGAGUGAAAAUGAAGAACUUGAUGGGAGUAAUGGAAGGAGGAUCAAUUCCUGCAUUAAGCGGUCUCGAAGACGCAUUGAAAGAACAACAAAAGGCUCCACCUGGAACCGCGAGGAGGAAGAGAAAGGCGGAAUCAAGAAAGAAAUUUGUGGAGUCAGCAUCAAGCAAGCCAGGUCCCCGUGGGUUUGGGUCUGGUAAUUAG